AUGGCGGCAAAGGGGGUGACUUGGUUCACCACUGAGGAGAUCAUUGAGGGCUUGUUUGUCAAUGGGGGUGGUGGCAAGAGGAGUGGGGGUGCAUUCAAGGUGGACCUUGAAGGUGUAAUUGUCUUUGAGGAAGAAGACGGUGAGGACAAUGGUGAGGAUGAGGAAGCCAAUGAGGAACCAACUAACAAAAAGAAGGGCAACGAGGAUGGUGGUGGAUGCCAUUGA